UGUGUACAGAAUGAUGGAUAUGUAAAACCUUGAUUCAAUCGUUUUUAAGCUUUAUAUAAUUAUGAUCAUCAGAUUUGUAAAUCUGUAUAUAAAACCAGGAUUUCGUCAUUUUUUAACUUUGUAUACAUCAUGAUUCCAUCAUUUCUAAACCAUGAUUCCAUCAUUUCUAAACCAUGAUUCCAUCAUUUCUAAACCAUGAUUCCAGGUUUUUAACCCUGUAUUUAGGGGCAAAGGGUAAAUUUGAAUCGCGUAGAAAUGCAUCGAUGAUGUGUUUCCAAUUUAAUUGCACUGACGAUUUUAUAGACUUUAUGCUCUAAGAUCAGACAAGAUUUGAUGCAUGAUGCGAAUAUUGUGGCGGCAAUUUCUUGGGAAUCUGAUUACGAAAUGUUUGGCAAAGCUGCCGUGUUGCAUUUCGAUUUACUCGGGCAUGCCCUAAUCGAAUCGAAACAAUUUAAAAUUCAACAGAGUUUCAUUUACAAAGGAUAUGCUCUUAGUGUAGAAAAGUAGGGGGAGAAAUGGAGAUUGGCAAGAGAGAAACACUUUUAUUUUGGCUCAUCCUAGGAAUUCAACUUCAUGCAUCUCUGCAAUUCAAGCUGGACAGCAUCAACAGAGAUGAUUUUCCGGAAAAUUUUAUAUUUGGGGCAAGCACUUCUGCUUACCAGGUUGAAGGCGCAGCACAACUUGAUGGCCGUAAGCCUUGCAUUUGGGAUACUUAUACGCAUUCGGGGAAAAUGUUUGAUGGAAGCACAGCGGAUGUUACUGCAGAUCAAUACCACCAUUAUAAAGAGGACGUCCGUCUCAUGUUUAAAAUGGGAUUGGAUGCAUACAGAUUUUCGAUCUCAUGGUCUCGACUAAUACCUGAUGGAAAGGGUGCCAUCAAUCCAAAGGGAUUGGAAUACUACAAUAAUCUCAUCAAUGAACUCAUUAUCCAUGGUAUUCAACCGCAUGUUACCUUAUUCCAUUUCGAUUUGCCCCAGAGCUUGGAAGAUGCCUAUGGAGGAUGGCUCAGUCCCAGAGUGAUAGAAGAUUUCAGAGCCUUUGCAGAAGUUUGUUUCAGAGAAUUUGGGGACAGAGUGAAGUACUGGACAACUUUCAACGAGCCAAAUGCAUUUCCCCCUUUAAGUUAUGACAUUGGUUGGUGGCCUCCGCAACGGUGUUCUUCUCCAUUUGGAUUUGGCAACUGUAGUGCAGGAGAUUCUACGGAGGAACCAUAUCUCGUUGCUCAUCAUGUUUUGUUAUCUCAUGCUGCAGCAGUUGAACUCUACAGAGAAAAUUUUCAGGCCAAGCAAAAGGGUUUUAUCAGCUUGGUGAUUCUGGCGUUGUGGUAUGUGCCAUUGACAAACUCGUCCAAUGACAUAGCUGCAACUCAGAGGACAAUUGAUUUUCACAAUGGGUGGUUCAUAGAUCCCCUUUUCUUUGGAGACUAUCCUUCCAGCAUGAAGAAGAUAGUAGGCUCCAGGCUGCCCAAUUUUACCAAAGAACAAUCUAAAAAGCUAAAAGGAUCUUUUGAUUUCGUUGGGUUGAAUCAUUACGGCACUUACUAUGUUUCCGAUUCACCUAGCCAGUGGAUUGCUACUGAAAGAGAUUAUAUUAGAGAUUUAAGCUCAAAGCAAACAGUAAUGCGAGAUGAUAUCCCUAUUGGUAAGUUCGCACCAACUGGAAUUACAGUUGUUCCAUGGGGAUUCCAAGCAUUACUGGAACAUUUCAAGCAACACUAUGGCAAUCCAGCUAUUAUAAUCUAUGAAAAUGGAUAUGGCACCAUAAACAACCAAUCUCUUCCACUCUCUGAGGCAUUAAAUGAUACAGGAAGGAUGGAGUAUCUCCAUGAUUAUCUUGAUAGUUUGCUCCUCGCCAUCAGGAAUGGAUCCAAUACUCGAGGGUACUUUGUCUGGACAUUGAUGGACAAUUUUGAGUUUUUGUUUGGUUUUAAGAUUCGUUAUGGCCUCUUCUAUGUAGAUUUCAAAGAUAAAAAUUUGAAGAGAUAUCCAACUCUAUCUGCUUGCUGGCUUACUAAAUUUUUGAAAGGGAAGAAACAGAUUGAAUAUUUAAGGAGGAGAGGAGGGGGGCCCACUAAAGUGGAGCAAAUUGCUGCAUCCUCUCAUUUUCUGUCCACUAAUGAUACAAUAGCCUACGAUUUUAAGGCCUGUGCCCUGUUUUCAGGGUUUAUACGAUAUAUUACGAAAAUAGGAGGAAAAAUGGAGAUUGGCAAGAGAGAAACACUUCUGCUUUGGUUCAUCGUAGGAAUUCAAAUUCAUGCCUCUCUGCAAUUCAAGCUAGACGGCCUCAACAGAGACGAUUUUCCCGAAAACUUUAUAUUUGGUGCAAGCACUUCUGCUUACCAGGUUGAAGGCGCAGUACAAAUUGAUGGCCGUAAGCCUUGCAUUUGGGAUACUUACACGCAUUCUGGGAAAAUGUUUGAUGGAAGCACAGGGGAUGUUACUGCAGAUCAAUACCACCAUUAUAAAGAGGACGUCCGUCUGAUGUUUAAAAUGGGAUUAGAUGCAUACAGGUUUUCCAUCUCAUGGUCUCGACUAAUACCUGAUGGAAGGGGUGCCAUUAAUCCAGAGGGAUUGGAAUACUACAAUAAUCUCAUCAACGAACUCAUUCUCCAUGGUAUUCAACCGCAUGUUACCUUAUUCCACUUCGAUUUACCCCAGAGCUUGGAAGAUGCCUAUGGAGGAUGGCUCAGUCCCCAAAUAGUAGAAGAUUUCAGAGCCUUUGCGGAAGUUUGUUUCAGAGAAUUUGGGGACAGAGUGAAGUACUGGACAACUUUCAACGAGCCAAAUGCAUUUCCCCCUUUAAGUUAUGACAUUGGUUGGUGGCCUCCGCAACGCUGUUCUUAUCCAUUUGGAUUUGGCAACUGUAGUGCAGGAGAUUCUACAGAGGAACCAUAUAUUGUUGGUCAUCAUGUUUUGUUAUCUCAUGCUGAAGCAGUUGAACUGUACAGAAAAAAAUUUCAGGCCAAGCAAAAGGGUUUCAUCAGCUUGGUCAUUCUGGCCUUGUGGUAUGUGCCAUUGACAAACUCAUCCAAGGACAUAGCUGCAACUCAGAGGACAUUUGAUUUUCAAAAUGGGUGGUUCAUAGAUCCCCUUUUCUUUGGGGACUAUCCUUCCAGCAUGAAGAAGAUUGUAGGCUCCAGGCUGCCCAAUUUCACCAAAGAACAAUCUAAAAAGCUAAAGGGAUCUUUUGAUUUCGUUGGCUUGAAUCAUUAUGGCACUUACUAUGUCUCUGAUUUACCUAGUCAGUGGGUUUCUACUGAAAGAGAUUUUAUGAGAGAUUUAAGCUCAAAGAUGGCAGUAAUGCGAGAUGAUGUCCCUAUUGGUGAGAUCGCACCAACUGGAAUUACAAUUGUUCCAUCGGGAUUUCAAGCAUUACUGGAACAUUUCAAGCAACACUAUGGCAAUCCAGCUAUUAUAAUCUAUGAAAAUGGAUAUGGCACCAUAAACAACCAAUCUCUUCCACUCUCUGAGGCAUUAAAUGAUACAGGAAGGAUGGAGUAUCUUCAUGAUUAUCUUGAUAGUUUGCUCCUCGCCAUCAGGAAUGGAUCCAAUACUCAAGGGUACUUCGUCUGGACAUUGAUGGACAAUUUUGAGUUUUUGUUUGGUUUUAAGAUUCGUUAUGGCCUCUUCUAUGUAGAUUUCAAAGAUAAAAAUUUGAAAAGAUAUCCAACUCUUUCUGCUCGCUGGUUUACCAAAUUUUUGAAAGGGAAGAGACAAAUUGAAUAUUUAUGGACGAGAAGAGGAGGGCGCACUAAUGUGGAUAAAAUUGCUGCAUCCUCUCAUUUUCUGUCCACUGAUUAGUUUCAUCAUGCUCGCUACCCAUUGUAGUUCCCUCAUUGAAACAAUAUUUCUGAAGAGGAUACAAGGGCCUGAAAUUUCAUGCCCUGUUUUCAGAGUUUAAUAUGGUACAUUUCGGUACAGAACUUCAACUCUGUGUCAAGUUGAUUGUCUUUUAACACAAUAAAGUAGAAUUAUCAAAGGCUGGGCUUUACUCUACAGCCUCCAUAAAUUA